AUCUGCGUAGAUAUAGACACGUAAUCAACAGACCUUCAGUCCAUUGACGCUUAACUGUGAUGUUGUGUGCAAGAAAGCGUCUAGAGGAAUUAUGCGCAAUCUUGCGUAUGUAUUUUCAUAUCUCCCGCGUCAACUUAUGCGUUGUGAUAGAAAACGCCGUCACCGGAUCCCGGCAAAAACGAGAAGGAAGUUACAUCACAGUGAGCCUCCCUUUCAAACCAGUUCGAGAAGUGUGCACUAGAUGCUAUGUGUCAAGAUCGUGCUCGAGGCUAACUCUUCCCAACAUUAUCUAAAUGGCAGGACAAGGGAUAUGAAGGCCUAUGAGACAAAGAUCAUCAGCAUUCCGUUUUCACUUGACAAUUUCUAUGACGUGUGCGCAAAAAAAAAGACUGGGAAGUAGCACCAGCACCUGAGAUACAUCAUCGCUCAAAGGCUCGGAAAGCAUAGCGGCAAUUAAACUUUAAGUGA